CAAGCCUGUAUCAUCAUCCUCAAGCAUUAUUUCCAGUUAUACACACCUCAACAUCCACCGUUUACAUCAACACAGACCCUACGCCGCAGUCCACAAUGUCCAAGCCCCACGCCCCAAGCCCUCUAGCCUACGCUCUCGACGGCCGUGAAAUCGACCUCCUCCACUACAUCUACUCGCACCCGGACCUCCGCACCCUGCGCAACAACCCUCCCGCCAUCCUCGCCGCCAUCGACACCUACAGCCACACGCACAACCCGCUCAUGAACAUCGGCGCCACCAAGGGCACCUACAUCCGCGAUCUGAUCGUCGCCCACAGACCCCAGGUCAUGAUCGAACUCGGCGGGUACGUGGGGUACUCCGCCAUCCUGUUCGGGGCGACCCUCCGCGCCGCCGGCGGCACCCGGUACCUCAGUCUGGAGCAGAACCCGGAGAUGGCGGCGGUUGCGAACCAGCUGGUCGAUCUGGCGGGUCUGAAGGAUGUGGUGCGCGUGGUCGUGGGGUCGGCGGCGUCCAGCCUCCGGGAGUUGGUGGCGGAUGGGGAGCUGCAGGCGGUGGAGCUAGUGUUUCUGGAUCAUUGGCAGGAGCUGUAUCUGCCGGAUCUGUGGUUGAUGGAGGAGCUGGGGGUGCUGGUGCCGGAGAAGUCGGUGGUGAUUGCGGAUAAUGUGGUGAUGCCGGGGGCGCCGCAGUAUUUGGAGUGGGUUAGGGCUGGGUGUGCGGAGAAGAGGGGUCUGCUGGAGUCCAGGAAGGGGGAGAAGGGGUGGGAGGCGAGGGGGUUGAGGCCGAGGCCUGGGUUGGUGUACCAGACUCUUGUGCGCGAGUUUGAGACGCAGUUUGGACGGGAUGGUGUUGCGGUCACGACGGUUCUGGGUGAGGAGGAUGUUUGAGCGACUUGCCUUGACUACAAGUGAUUGGAGACGGAGUAUCAACAUGAAGAGUGUGAAAACAGGAUAUUGGGGUAGAGUUGGAUUUGGUUGAUUAUUUCACAGAAGCAUGGGUAGUUCUACUAUCUUUUCUAACAUUGUCGAUUGCCUCAGCUGAGGGGGGGUUGUAUGUUUGCAACGGGCUAGAAAUAAUUG